AUGGCAUCCAAAUCAACACCAGGCAUCUUGUACGUGACGAUGCAGCCCAAGGAGGGCUUGCCUGAGGCACAGUUUCACGAUUGGUACCAGAACGAACACGGCCCUAACCGUCUCCGUCUUCCCUUCUGCAACAACGGCUUCCGCUAUCGCGCGACCGACCUCGAGAAUGCAUCCGGUUCCAAAGACAAACCAGAGUGGAUGGCCAUCUACGACUUCGACGAGCUUGAAUGGCUGACCAGGGAACCGUAUACGAAGCUUCGGAGUGCACCAGUGCAGUCGCAACGUGAACGAGAUACCAUGAAGCAGAUAUUCGUAGACAGGCGAUCAUAUGACUUGCUCGGAGAGUGGAAAGGCAAUGAUUUCAAGGACCUACAGAAAGUAGAAAAUGAAGGAGAGAAGAACGUCAUGAUUGCAGUCAGCUUUGCGCUGCAAGACGGUGCUGACAAGGAAGAAGAACUGAAGAAGUGGUAUGACGAAGAGCACGUGCCGCUUCUACAAAAGGUCCCAGGAUGGAGGCGUACUAGAAGAUUUGUUACAUCAUACCUGGAUCUAGAGAGUGGACACAAGUCAGAGAAAGAAUACCUCGCGCUUCAUGAGUACGCGCCGCAAAAUGGGCUAGGAGGGCCGGAGUUCAAGGCUGCUACCACAACUGAAUGGUGCGACAAGAUCUACAAAGAUGUUGUGAAAGAGAGGAAAAGGAGAGUUUAUGAUUUGUACUACACGUUUGGGGCUGCGCAGCGCGACCUACAAAGUCUGGCGAGUAAAGACACAGUACCAGCGGAGAACACAGAGGGGAUGGUCAAGACAUAUCCAGCGCAUACAACACCAGACAAGCGACCGGUGAUUGAGAGCUUCGUUACAACCAAAGAUGGUGUGCAGCUCCCAUACCGUCUCGAAGGCUCAAGCGAUCCCAAUGCGCCUUUACUCGUUCUCUCGAACAGUAUACUUGUUGAUUACGGUAUCUGGGACGAUUUCGUUGCUGAGUUCGCAAAAGCCACAAACAACAAGUACCGCAUCCUCCGAUACAGCACUCGUGGACGCCACGCCCUGCCAUCAGAAUCUACGGCGCCCAUCACAGUUCACACACUCACGGACGACGUGAUUGCACUGCUCGACGCGCUCCGUGUCAAGAAAGCAUACAUCGUAGGCGUCUCCCUCGGCGGCGCAACAGCACUCAACGCAGGUCUCGCUUACCCAGAGCGCAUUUCAGCAUUCAUAGGCUGUGACACCAAUGCUUUCGCCCCUCCCUCCAACGCCAACGCCUGGAACGAGCGUGUCGCCGUCGCUGAGAAAGAAGGUUUGAAAGCUUCAUCAGGUGAGCCCAUUGUCGGCGAAGAGCUCGCAGAGGUGACAGUCCGUCGCUGGUUCGUCAAGGAAUCUUACGACGAUGCGGAGCUGGCGAAGAAGAUUCAACGCGUCAAGGACAUGGUCAAGACAAACUCCCUUGCUGGUUUCCGUGAUUCGGUCAAAGCGCUACACCAGUAUGAUAUCAGGGAGAAGAUGGCUGGGUACAAGGGCAAGGGCGCGUUCUUGGUGGGUGCUGGUGACGGUGUACUGCCCAAGACUAUGAAGGAGAAUAUGGCGGAUAAGCUGGGUAGUGGUGUUGAACUCAAGGUGGUUGAUGGUGCGGGACACUUGCCUAUGGUGGAGAGGCCAGUAGAGGUUGCGCAGUUUGUUGCCAAGUUUUUGGAGGGUUAA